AAAGAUGGACCCAACAGGAGCGAAACUGGUCAGCCUUGCCGCUGUUCUUGUCGGCAAGUUGGUUUUUAACUUGCUUCCUUUAAAAUGUAUGUCUCGUCGGUCCUCCGGCGGAGACUCCGAACCCGCCUCUAACACAGGACACUCCGGUCGGACUGUGACUUUCCUCAACUGUUUCGCGGGAGGCGUUUUUCUGGGGACAUGUUUUUUGGGACUCCUCCCCACCGUGAGAAAGAAGAUGUCGUUACUUCUGGAGGCGCGGGGCUUCAACCCGGACUACCCCGUGGCGGAGUGUGUGUCCGUUAUGGGCCUGUUGUUGUCCAUCCUGGUAGAGCAGUUCGUGAUGACGUGGCGCUCGUACGGACAGUCCACGGUCUUUGAGCUGAGUUUUCACGGUCAUAGUCAUUCUACGGAGGAAGAGAGUACCCUGGAAAACCAUGGAAACAAGUCACCCUCGUCCCCACUGCAGAUCCAACGUCACAAGCCAGAUGGCGAGUCCUUCAGCAUCAGACCUUACGCGCUACUCCUGGGCCUGUCUGUACAUUCUGUGUUCGAAGGGCUGGCUAUAGGGCUGCAAGACAACGUAACUCUCGUGCUGAAGAUCUUUGCUGGGAUAGAAAUUCACGAAUGCCUCGUGGCGUUCGCGUUAGGAGUGAAUCUCGUCAAACACGGCAUGGCAACGAAAACAAUAAUCAAAGUAGCCAUUCUGUUUUCUGCCAUGAUUCCUCUUGGUAUCGUUAUAGGGAUGGGCGUUCAGAGCAUCAAGAGCUUCGGGGGUGAAGUGUUGGCUGCAGUUCUCCAGGGAUUCGCCGGAGGGACCUUUUUGUACGUCACCUUCCUGGAGGUUCUCUGUCAAGAAUUUAAUUCUAGAGACCGCAAAGUGGCGAAAGUGUUAUGUGUAGCCACGGGAUUUCUACUGAUAUCAGUCUUGACAUAUUUCUUGAAGAACAAUAUCUAACCCAAUUAACUUUUGUAUUACGGAUUUCAUUAAGGGGCAAAGUAUCUAAAACUAAGGC